UACGUAAAUCAAUUUAAUAAUUUAACAACUUAAUACCAUUUAAAUAGGCGAUUGUUAUUAAAUAUGUGAGUAGAGUUCAGUUUAAUCUGACAUUUAGUAAAGAAUGAAAAGAAAAAAUAUAAUGAUGUAAUUAACUUAAAUGUGAUUGGGCAACAAAAACCAUUGGCAAUAAUUGAUUUAUUCAUAAUGUGAAUAGAUCUAAUGAUUUAGAAAUUAAAAUUAUAUAAAAAUGAAAUGUUUACAAAUUAAUGAAUUACUGUACAUAUAUCUUUCUUAACAGUUAGAAGUAAUAUUUACUCUUCAGUUUGAAAAUGAAAUGUUUGUUUUUUGUUUCAGACUAGGCAUUUAAUUUUUAAAAUUUUAUUAAAAAAUUUCUACUCAUAUACCUGAAGAGGGCCAAUCAAGAGGCCAAAAAAUGUUUGUUUUUUAAGAAAAUAAUUGCUGAAAGAAGUAUUAAAUCACUAGAUGAAAGUGAAUAUACAAGCAUACUCCGCAGAACGGCUCGUUUACAUUUUCUCGGCUGUGUGUGUUUUGAUUUUAAUACCUAAAGUUCAUUAAACGUAGAUGUCUCUCUUAGCUGCAGGUUGACGAGUUUAUCGUGUGACACUUCCAACAGGUUCAUUAUCACUACGAAAGAAAUAUCAAGAUUUCCAUGAAAAUUUCUCAUCAGAAUCUCAAGAAUAUCAUAUUAAAUUACAGCUUUAUCAUCUAAAAUCAAUGUAUAAUUUCAUUUUUGAUUAGCAUAUAAGAAUAUUAAUAUAAAUUAACAUUAAAAGUACUUGAAUUUGUAAUACGUGACUGAAGUACAAAUUUGAAGCAGAAUUUAUAUAUAAAAUAUUGUGUGAAAUAAAAACUUAAUAAUUUUUUUUUUUAUAAACAAAAUCUACUUUUUUGAAUUCUCAAAUAAAAUGUGAAUUUUUAGAAAAUUAUCUAUAAAAACUUUAAUAAAAUUAUAAUGAAUUGAAUUGAAGAAUGAAGGGCGAAAAUUUAACAUCUGUGAUUACUGAUAAAAUGCCUGGACAUGUUACCGAUUGUGUGGAUAUUUUUGAGGAUUUUAAGGAAAAUUCCAUUCCAAUUAAUAAAAUAAAUGGACAUGAUGUGCCAGUAAAAAUGGAAUGUGAUAAUGUUUCAGAUUUGGUGAAAGUAAUUGAAAAUUCUGAUCAAAUUAAUCAACCUGACUUACUUAAUAGGACAGAAAAACAUUCUAUAGAAUGUACAGAUAUGAAUCACCCUAAUAGUUCAAAGUGUGAAAUAAAUUCUUCAACUAAUGAGGAAGUUAAUUUAUGUUUUGUAAAAAAAAGCGAUUCCUCUAAUUCAGUAUUAAAUAGUGCAGAAACUCAGGUAACAUCAAAUAGAAAUUAUAUUCAAGAUAAAAGUGAUAUAAGACAAUUAAGUAAUAGUUACUUCAGUAAGCCAGUGUCAUUAGAUAUUACUUCUUUAAAGUUAGAAAAGGUGCGAAUGGUCCUGAAUACAGUAUUAAAAGCACCCCUUCGAGAUAUGUUAAAAUCUAAAAUUGAAGCACCAGCAAAACGUACAACAGAAAAUGAAACUGUAAUACAAGAGUCGGUUGUAAAUACUAAUCAAGAAAAACCACAACAUUGGGACAGAUAUAAAAUAACACCAAAAAGAGUGAGAUUUCUUGCAGAAAACUGUUUUAAAGUCUGUGAUAAGAAUGAGAUCAAAACAUUAUUAAGUCCUUUGAUGAAAACAUCAUUAAGUGAAAUAUUAAGAUCUAAUGUAAACUCGCAAACAGUUAAUGAUCAGAAUAUUUUAAAUAGUGAUGAAUCAACAAUAGACUUAUCAUGUAGUGAUUAUCAGAAAAUCUUAAGUGAUGGUGAAAGUCUUAAUGAAAUAGAUAAACACAGUUGUCAUUCAGUAAAUUGCAGUGAAACUCAAAGUGCAAUAGAUGAUAAAAGAAUAACUGACAUACCAAUAAUUGAAAUCAAACAAGAAAAUAAUAUUAAUGAAAGAAUUGAUGCAUGUCAAAGAUUUCUUAGCAGUUUUACAAACAAGUAUAAUAGUAGUAAUGAAAUGGGUCAUAAAAGCAGUAGGGAAAAAUUAAGAAAUGCAAUGACACCAAUAUUGAAAAUGUCUAUAAGUGAUGUAAUAAGAAGAAAAUUGAGUAAAAGUGGAAUAAUAUUGAUGAAUGAUAAUUCGGAUGAAGUAAAUGAAAAAAUGCAAAAAUCAUCAAAUUGUUCAAAACUUUUAUCUAAUUCGUCUUCCAGUUAUAAAAAAUUUACUACUCAUGGAAGAAUUACAAGAUCAAAAUUACAUACAUUAUGUGAAGGUGGUAGAAAACUUCAAACUGACAAUCUAUUCAAACUUGUUAAAAAGAAAAAUAAAAUUUCUCAAAAAUCUUUAAUGAAGAGAAUUCCGGAGGAUCAACUGCCAAACUUAGUAUCACAGUUUACUGACCCUUUCGUGAUGCCAGAUCAGCGGCAAAACAUUCCACGUAAGAGGCGAAGAAGAAGAUACUUCAAAGGUGGUAAAUAUAAUCUUACUGUUCGCAGAAGAAGAAAGAAAGCUACAAAAAUUAUUCAUGAUGAUGAAGAAAUGAAUGUUAAUCAUUCAGAAGAACAGAAUCUUGUUAAAGAAAAAUGGCCUUCAGACAUUUCUGUGUAUGAUAAUUACUCAUCCUUUUCUUCAGAAUAUAGUUCUUUUAAUUGUGGUGAAGAAUUAAAUAAAAAAUUUAAAAACAAUCAAUUGGUAUUUACUCAAAUGGAUAAACUUAAUUCUACAAAACCAAACACAAAAGAAAAUUCACAAAUGAAUUCAGAAAUAUCUCUUUCCUAUAUUAAAAAUUCUCAAGAAUUUGCUCAAAAUAUUAAUUCUAAAUCUAUUCAGUUAGAUAAAAAAUUAAAUAGUAACUCUAGAAUAGUAAAUAGGAAAAAAAUUUAUAAUAUGCAUGUCAAUAAAAAGAAACUUUAUGCAGAUAAUGUAGAAAGUGAUAAUAUGCAUGAAAUGAGUGAUCAUAAUUCUUUAGAUAUACUAGAUUCAGCAUCCAUUUCGUAUACAAAUAAAAACAUAGAAAGAUCUCUUAUCGAUAAUGAAGAAAUAAGUAAUUACAUUAAUUUAUCAGAUAUAGAUCAAAAUGAAACUGAAAAUAGUUUAAUUAAAAAUUAUAGUAGAAUUUAUAAAGAAAUAAAUGCAUCUAAUAAAAUUUCCAAUAGUAAGCAUUUAUUGUUUAUUGAAAGGAAAAACAGUAGACAAGAAGAAAUAGAACAUGCAUACACCAAACCUAUAUCCAAUGAAGAAUAUUUAAAACUUAGUAAAUCAAUUGAAAGGAAUCAUUUUGAAGAUAUAAGAGAUAUUUCAAAUAAUGAUAGAAAAAUAAAGAAUUUUUAUGCAAUAAACAGUAAUCUAGAAACAAACAGUUUUAAAAUUUCAGAAUGUAGUAGUAAUAUUAAUUUUGAAAAAAAGGAUGGUAAACUAACUCCAGAAAAAGCAGGCGAUAGACUCAGAGAGUUAAUCACUGAGAAGCAAGCUGCUGGAGAUGAUGGAGUUUUUGUAACAAUAACAGUAAAUGCUGAAGGUAUUGUUGAAGAUAUAGAAAAAAUAGAGCCAUCAGCAUUUGUUGACAUAGGAUCUAUGUCAACAUUUGUUCCAAUUGAAGAAUCUUCAGAAGAGAUAGUGAUAAACAGUUCAAUGCCUGUUUUAGACUGUGUCCCAAUAAAUAAUAAUGACACAGACAUACAAUCUUCAGAAGUUACUGUCAUUCCAGAACCUUGCUAUACACUUGAAAUUCAAAAUGAUGAAUUGUCUACAGUAGAAACAGAACAAUUUCCUGAAUCAGAAAAAGUAAUAGAAGAAUCCUCUAGUACCAUAGAUUUUCAAAAUAAAAUUAAUGAAAUAAAACGUAAUAAUAAUAAAUCAAAAUCAUUGGCAAGCAAAGAAUUGGCAAUCAGUCGUUCAACCGAGUUAGCAAAUUUUAUGGAAAUUAAUGGAGAAAACAGUACAAAUUCAUUAAGCAGAAAAAAAGAAAAUGUAUCAUCUAUAAAUACUAAUGAAAUAAAUAAUGAUAUGGUAUGCAAUGUCAAAUAUCGCCAUCGGUCUAAACGAAAGUUACCAGAAGAUCACAUAGAUGUUGACUGUAUUAGCAUCACUUCUUCUAGUUCUACGGAAACAGAAAAGAAAUCAAAUCAUAAAAAACUUAAAGUGUGUCCUUCUCUAACUGAAGUAAAAUGCCCUAGUCCACCAAAGUUAAAAUUGCAGACAUGUUCAGUGUAUGAUCAUACUCAAAAAGGAGGACCAUGCCACAAAACUUUGCAUACCAAUCUUGUUGGACUUCGUUUGAUAAAGAAGCUUUUGACAAGUGAACAAAAUUUACUAAAGGAACGAACAGGAAUUAAUAUUGAUCAUCCCGGAUUGACUGUAUGUCAACAUCAUAAGAAAAUAUUUAUUGAUAAAUAUGAAGAUACUCUUAAGACAGAUGCUAGCUUCUCUUCGAGUAUCUGUACCUGUUACAAUAAACCAAUAGAAUGUGAAAAGAAGGAAACAGAUUCUCAUGCCAUAUACUGUCAGGCUAAAGAUUCUAUUGAUGAAAAGGUCAUUGGAUGUAGUAACAUUGUCAGUAAUCAUGUAUUAGUUCGUCCAUCAACAAUAAUUCCAUAUAUGAUGUUAUGUGAAGUUCAUAUGUGGAGAUUGCAUCAUCAUCAAUGUUGUCCAUGUUGUGGAAUUUUUUGCACACAAGGAACAUUUUCACAAUGCAUAUUGCAAAGGAAAACUCGGUGCCAGAUACAUUUAUUUCAUUGUCAUUGCAUCUCAUCUGUCAAUGGUUUGAGUGAAAAAUGUCCACAUUGUGGAGCAAAGUCUAAUUUUCGGAAGAUUAAAUUAGAGUUAAAUAUUCAUCGUUCACCAAGCAAAUUAAAAGAAAAAUCUUUAGUCAAAUCAGGUAUGAAAUACUUAUCUUCAAAUGAAGAGGAGAAAAAUGAAAAUAUUUGUAAACUGGAUAAUUCUGAUGAAUCAUCUGAAAAUAUUUCUCCAUCAGAAAGUCUCUCUCUCAACAAACUUCAACAACAAUCAUUAUUAUCAUUGAUGUCUGGAGAGAAAAUGAAUAUGCGGUUCACAAUAAAAUCUUUCUAUGGCCCAAUUAAAACAGGCGAUAUUGAUAAAUUCUUACAAAUGUUAGCAAUAGGUUUCAAUCCUAAUCAUAGAUUUGAAGAUCACGAAAAUGAAACACCUCUUCAUAUUGCUGCAUCACUUGGCCAUCUUGCUUUUGUACAAAUUUUAGUCCAGGCUGGAGCAUCGGUAGAUCAUAUGAAUAAUGAGCUUUUUACUCCAUUAAUGUUGGCCGUAGAAAAUAAUCAUUUGUCUAUAGUUUUAUAUCUCUUAGCAGCUGGUGCUCAGUUAGAUGCACGAAGUGAAGAUGGGAUGACUUGCUUACAUUUAGCAGCACAGAAUGGACAUAGUGAAAUAUGUAGUGUUUUAUUAAACACAAGAAGAAUUGAUAUUAAUGUUCAAGUAAGAUCAUUUCAAUAAUAAUAAAAUUGAAAAAUUU